UCUUCCUUAUAUUUAUAUAAAUAUAUAUAUAAUAUAUAUAUUUUGCUGAUGCAGUAUACAGUGUGUAUAUAUGUGUGUGUGGGUAUGGGUGUGUAAAUUUAUAUACACACACAUGCAAACAGUUCCUGGAAGAGAACUCUGAAUGCUUUGCUAGCAAAACACUGUGGUGUGCAAAACUAGAACUCAAUAGAAAAAAAGCCAUUUAUCUGAAGGCUGCAUAGUGGAGAGAGUCUUCAGUUUACCUCAUUCUUUGUAGCAGCCCAUGAUUUUAACAGGUUUUUGUAAUAGGUACAAAUAAUCCCAUACCUUUCUGGGUGCAGUUUUAAGUUAAGCUAAAAAUUCUUUGUAGGAUUAAUUUAUUUGUAUAUGGUAGUAGAAGAUAAGAUCAUGCCGUACUUUAAAUUUCAAACCUUACAAUUUGGGGAAUCUGACACUACUUAAAUUAUUAGCAACUGUUGUCUAUUGUACAGAGGUUCUCUUUUCUACUGGCUUGGUCUGUUACAUUAAUAACACAUUUUAUAUGUUCAAGCAUAUAGCUUUACGUAAAUUCAAAGUUCACUAGGAAAUACCAAAUUCACAGUAUUUUGGCUGUUUACAACACUAACUUCGUCCUGCCAUAAAAAUUCAAUUAAUUUAUGUUCUUUUCAUCUGUAAGCAUUUUUAAUGCAUUCCCUUUACCAAAAACCUGAGCAAUACAAUAUUUUCUUUAUGUGCUAUAUGCCUUGUUUGCUAAAAGCUCACAUUUUUGCAUUUACUUUAAAGGGCUGUACUAAACCCACAGCUUUAAGUUUUUCCUGAAAGGAGCAUCGCAGCUAACCUUGAACCCACAAAUAGUUUUAAUCUAAAGUAUUUCUCUUCUCCACAUUUCCAUGCCUUCAUGUCAAUGCUUAGUUGUUUUUCCAGGUGAACACUAUAGAUAAUCUCCUGUUUGAAACGUGGAGCAGGAGGGUCUUUCGUGACAAUGGAGCUAAGCUUUUCUUCCUCAUAAUGAGAUGGCAACCCAAGUGUCCCUAUCAGAAAAGUUAGAGUCCUGUGUAGCCAGUGCUUCACACAAACAGAAAUGAAUGCACUGUUUUUUAAGAAGCUCGAUUAUAAAAUACAGAUUGAUUACUUCAGAGAUGGGACUACCUCCUCAGAUAUUCACAGUAUGAAAUGGAGGAGCCUGAUGUGCUUCACACUGGCCUGUUUGACAUGUGUAUUAUCUUACUGUUAAUUCAGCAGUAUUUUAUCGUGAAGCAAAUCCCAGUGUUUGCGCUCACUUCGGGAGUGGGAGUAAGAGGUGGGCCACGACUGUGGUGCAUUUCUUAAGUAUUCCAGGGGAAUGUCACACUUUUCCUUCCCAGGGGAUAAGAAACCUUUGGGAAGUUUCUGAGGGAAACUAUUUUCCCCCAAGUAUUAUGAUGUCUGGUCAGUUCUAAGAAUACCACUGGACAUUUUCUAUGGACAUUUGAGAUUGCAGUUCCCAUGGUGAUUUGGUUGGUCCUACUUUGAAGGGAAGCUUUGGUUGUCACCCUUAAUACCACUGAGAUAAAGUGUUAGCAAAGGAGAGUUCGAAUUUAUGAUAUGACCAAGAGCUUUUCUCUUCCAAAAGAUAAAUUUUAUUGUAAAUAGUUUCUCAGAAUUAUUUUUAACUGGAUCAUGAGCAUGGGGAGAGAGAGUUUCUCAGCUGCUAAGAAUUUCCCCACUGUUUACUUCUUUCACUUACAGCAGUAUUGCAUUAUAAGGUUACAGAAUUUAAGGUUUUGUUUAUAUCUGUUACCCAAACUAUUAAAUUGUCUCUAAUUUCAUCCUUGUCUUGGAGGUCUGGUGUGUAAAUGGCUGAUAGGGGAAUACUCUCUCUAGCCAGUCAGUGCUGUAACCCAGGAUUAAAACCAUCCCAUCAAGUAGUAUGUGAAGUCAAAUCUUUGUACUCUCCCAGACCAAACAUUGAAAUGGACUUAUUCAUUCAAAAUUCUAUAAAUCCUGUAAGUGAAAAGAUAGACAACUGUCAGCAGUUGCUUUUACAAAGGUCACUAUAUUAAGUACUAUAUAGUACAGUAUUAAUUUAUAGCAGGAAAUCAUAUCUUGUAAACUGUAUAUAAAACACUGUUUUAUGGUGCAAUCACUUGUCAAACUUUUGUCUGUUACAUUGUUUUUAGUGUGUGCAUUUUUCUCAUACCUAAGAAUAUCACUGUAAAAUCUGCUGAAAACUAUUUAUAGGUUUUAUUUGCACAAGAUUUAAUUCGUUUGACAUUUUUGGAAGCUCCUAUUGAACAUGCCUAAACAUCUGUAACCAUGAAAAUUCCUCAAUUCCUUAAAAGCAAAUAUUUCAGUAUGAUUGUUUCCAAAGGUAAUCCAUGUUCUGUGUUUAAUGUGUGUAUGUAAUUUUUCUGACUCUUCCAUCUCUUAUAAACCUAUUUUCUGUUUUGUUUUUGAAGGACAGCUCCUUUUUUUUUUUUUUUUUUUAAUGUUCUGGAUGACCAAAACACUUAAUUGGUUUUUACCCUUUUGCCUAAAGCUUUGAUAUCCCCAUUUGAUGUUCUAUGAAUUCACUGUUUAAUCUCUUAAAUUAAAUAAUAAUAAAUAGUCCUGGUGACAAACAAUCUAUUGAUGUAGAGGAAAGGCCCUGCAAAGCUAACUUUGGUUAUACUCUUAGCUGCCGUUUUGCAUCGUGGACUUCGUGGGAAGAACAUGUUGCCUUUAGUUUGUCUUUAUUAAAAGACUACUAGCCACAAGUUACUUUGAUUGUAGUAACUGUCUUAUCAACCCACUUUGAUCACAUUUAAAAAAUUAAAUUUAUAUUCACAGUUCAAAACAGUAAGCUGUCUUUCAGAGAGUUUUCGAAGGAUAAAAAUACAUGAAGGAAAAUAAUGGUCUGUGUAGGUAGGAUUCUCUGCACAGGACUUACUAGUUGUAUCACCUCAAGAGAUUUUAAAGUUUGUGAUCAAGGUCUGUAUAUUAUCCCAAACUUUAUUAAGAAUUGUUUUCUAAUUGGUUAUAACAUUUUUCAAUUAAUAGUUUCAAAACAAAUUGUUAAUACAAACUGUAAAAAUGAACAUAAUUUUCUUCACUUGUAUUUUUGUUAUUGAGCAAGUUUAUCAAAAUAAAUUGUCUACUAAAGAAACUAAAAAGUCUUCUAUUACUUUGAAAUAAGCUUUGGUUUUAAAAACUGGUUUCUUGCAGAGGUCUCACAUGUUCACACAAUGACACUUGCGGGCCUCUUAAAUUGGUUUAAUCGUUAGCAUUGUGCAGGGUUUCCUUCCCUCCCUACUCUCGCUCCUAGCUCACCCCUAGGGAAAAGAUGUCAUUAUACUCCAGAACAUGGAUUAGGCCAUAUUUACCAGUAAGAAGAGUCACUCAGCAAUAAAAGACCGCAUACAUGUGGCUCCCUCUUCAGCAUCAUGUUUCCUUUCCGGGGACAGGGAGAGAGAAACUGAGCCAAGGCACCCAAGCCACUGUAUGAGAUUAUAGAGAAAACACCAAGACUAGAACACUGUGGGUUCGUUUCAUGCUAAGUCAACUCUUCUGAGUCACAGUUACCCAGCAACAAAAUAAAGGUAAUUAUUUAUAAAUGAUAUUAUAGAUAGAAAGCAUAGCACUGUAUUAUUUUUCAGAGUUUUGGUUCUCUCCCCAGUAGAGGAAAACCCUGGGAUGAUAUUUUCAAGCAUGUUCAAGGUUUCACAAAUCAGCCCCAGUUCAAAUCACAGAAUAAGACCUCCUAAGAUUAAAUUUCAAGAAGAGGUUUUGCAUGAGACCCAAAAUCUUAGAGCUGAACAAAAUCUAAAGAUCAUGUCUGGGGUUUCCAUUUUCCAGAUGAAUAAAUCAAGGCCCCAGAAAGCUUUACUUACUUUCCCAAAGUCACACAACUAGAUCUCAGCAGAGCACUCGAUAUAGGAAAGAAUGUCUUGACAAAUGGGCCUUGGGCCUACCAGGGUGUUCAUAUUUUUAGCCAUCUGAACCAGCCUUCCUUCAGUUAAUUUCCAUCUACUUCAAUCCAACCAAACCAAUUCUGCCAAAAUUAUCUUCCUAACAAAAGAGAGCACGUCAUUUCCUUGUUUGAAUUUGUCAUUCCUACUGCCUAAAGAAUGCAGCCCAAACGCCUUUAGCAUAGCAUUCAAAACCGUCUAUGACCUGGUUUCAGGCUGUCUUUCCCACCACUCCCUUUUCACUUUUCAUUGACAAAGGGCCUAUUCACCAUUCUCUAACUACAACCAGCCCCCUAUUUCGGCUGUGUGUAUACCACCUUUAUGCGGUUUUCCCUAAUCCCACCUGCAUUGGAAUGUAUUUAACCUUUUGUGCUUUUUUGCUUAUACCUCUGAUUAAAAACUUGCUGCUAGAAGAGACUAAGGAGCCCUGGUGGUGCAAUGGUUAAGUGCUUAGAUGCUAACCAAAAGUCUGGCAGCUUGAACCCACCCAGCAGCUCUUGAGGGAGAAAGACCUGGUGAUCUGCUUCCUUCCUUUAAGAUUACAGCCUGGGAAACCCUGUGGGGCAGUUCUGCCUUGUCAAAUAGGGUCCCUAUGAGCUGAAAUCAAUUCAAAGGCACCUAACAACAACAGAGGGGAUUAGACUGAGCAGAUUAGAAUCUCAAUUUCACAAUUCUAGCUGUGUGACCACUUAGCGUCUGUAAACCUUGAUUUUCUCAUUUGUGGAAAGAGUACCUAACUCACAGGGUUAUUGUUGGUAUAAAUGAGAUAAAGCAUGGAAAGUGCUUGGCACAUCGUAAGCAUUCAAAUGUUAGUUUGAAUUAUUAUUAAACACUUCUCUAGAACUAGAAUAUAAGCUCUCUGAAUGCAAGAAACAUGACUUGCUCACAUGGUAUUGUCUAGAUACCUGGUCUAAUUCUUUACACAUUGAAUUAUCAUAAUUAAAUUUGGUGCUAGGUUAUAAAGGAAAUUCUGACACUGUAUUUCCUGGAGAUUUGAAAGACCCAGUCACCUAUCUGCCAGGAUUGUUUCAAUAAGAUUCUUCCUGAAGGCAGUGGAUUGCCUAGAUCAGCCUUUUUUAUAAAUAAAUUGGUCAGUUUAUUGAUACAUAUUUGAUUCUAUAAUAUGUCAGUGUCAAUGACCUCCUUAGGAUUUCCCUGUGGACUCAGGAUCCUUUACCAUUAAACUCGCAGUACUCCAACAUGAUGCAAGCACCUUGUUGAUUCCACGAGAACUCUCUGGAGGCUUCAUCAGGCUUGUGGGUUCUCUGCUGUCUUAAAGCCAUACAUUUGGUAUGUUUUGCAAAGACCUACUUCUACCAAGGUAGUUUUAAUUAUUUCUGCUGAAGAAAGGGCUCAAAGAUUUUAUCUCAUUUUAGAUGCAGUUACCCCAGUUGACCAUUUUGUGGCACUUCUGUAAACAGUGCUGAUAUAUUUGGUCACUAUUAAAUCAAUCCCCAUUUGUUAUCUGUCAGGGCAAGUCAGUAAAAUAAAUGCUGUGUCCUGCCUCUGGCAGUCUUAUGUUCAUUUAAAUGUUUCGUAUUAGUUGUCUAAGAAUUCAAGUAUUUUCUUAAAUGAAAAAAUGCAAACUCUUUUACAUUGCUUUGUUCUCUUUGGCAAAAGUGCAAAUACAGUUGAAGAGCCAAUCAAAAUUUUUUCCAUUUUCCAUAAUUUCUCUAGGGGAAAAAAAUUUAUUAUGUUAAAAUAUGUAACAAGUUUGUCACUGUCACCAUUUUUAAGAGUACAAUUCAGUGACAUUAAUUACAUUCACCACGUUGUGUGACCAUCACCACUAUCCAUUUCUAAAAGUUUUACAUCACUCCAAACAGAAACUCAACACCCCUUUCAGCGAUAAGUACCAUACCUUCCUCCCACCAGCUCCAGGUGACCACUGAUAAACUUGUCCCUAUGCAUUUGCCUAUUCUUAGGUAGGCUCCGAUAUUUCACAUAAGUGGGAUUUUACGGUAUUCGUUCUUUUGUGUCUGACUUAUUUCGCUCAGUGUAAUGUUUUGAAGAUUCAUCCAUGACAUAGCAUGUGUUAGAAUUUCAUUUCUGUUUGUGGCUGAAUAAGUCCCUGGGUGGGACAUACAGUUUGUGCUUAACUACUAACUGAAAGGUUGGUGGUUUUAACCCACCCAGCGGCACCUCGGAAGAAAGGCCUGGCGAUCUGCUUCCAUAAAGAUUACAGCCAAGAAAACCCUAUGAGUUUUACUCUGUAAAACAAUGGGUCACCAUGAGUUGGAACUGACUCCGUUGUAUGCAUAUACCACAUUUUGUUUAUCCAUUCAUCUGUUGAUAGACACGGGUUGUUCCACAUUUUGGCUGUCGUGAAUAACGCUGCAGUGGACAUUGGUGUACACGUCUGUUUGAAUCCUUGAUUUCAGGUCUCUUGGGUGUAUACUUAGGAGUGGAACUGCUGGGUCAUAUGGUAAUUCUGUGUUUAACUUUUUGAGGAAGUGCCAAAUUAUUUUCCAGAAUGACUGCCCCAUUUUACAUCCCCACCAGGAAUGCAUGAGGGUUCCAAUUUCUCCACAUCUUUGGCAACACUUGGUAUUUUCUGUUUUUCUGAUAAUAGGCACCUUAGUGGGCAUGAGGUGGUAUCUCACUGAGGUUUUGAUUCACAUUUCCCUGAUGUCGUUGUUGAGCAUCUUGUCAUGUGUCACUGGCCAUUCUAUGUAUCUUCUUUGGAGAAGUACCUAUUCAAGUUCCAAAAAAACUUUUGACCACUUCAUCUACUACAUAUUUUACUAAUAUAGUUAGUGAGUAGGAAUAUGGACUUAUUUGAUGCAACCCCGUCCCUGCUCCUCUCCACCACUCCUCUACCCCUGCACACCACUCUAUUACUUUCCCUCGUAUUUGCUUUCAGGAUCAUCAGUAGCUUUCUCUUGUCCUAAGUGCUGUUGUUAAGAAGUAAGUUACCAUGACCCUAAACUAGGACAAAAAGAUAUUUUAUACAGUAACAUGUACUGUAGUAAAAAAAAAAAAAAAAAAAAUUUUUUUUAAAUCAACAGGAGUACAGAAAAUUAAAGUCCUCUCCCCUACUAUCCAUCUUCUUGAGAUAACCACUGUUAACAAACAGUCUGGUGAUGUGGUUUUACCCUCUGGCUCCAGAACUGAACACAGAAGCCAGGCCUGGCGGUAGGAGUCAUAAUGAUUGGUUCAGGAAUGAGCAUGUGACCAAGCCAAGCCUGGAACUUUGCUGGACCUCCUAAGAGGAAAAUAAGCUUUGAUGUUUGUUUUUUUUUAAUAAUGUCUGCACAAGUUUUCCAUGAUCAAGAUAAUAAGUUUCUGGAAAAUCAUUGCAUGAGGAGAAACGGUGGCAGAGAUCCAAAGCAGCCAUUGAGCCCGAAGGAUAUCAGUGGACUUGACCAAAAUCCAGACAAUGGAUUACUGGUUACACAUGUCAACCAGACACAGGACUUACUGAAGCUGCAAGAGAGCGAGACCCAGCCUUCGGCUGGGGAGGACUCUGAAGAUUGGCUUUCAACUCACAGUUUACAGUCUGAGAAACUCACCUUGCCUGACCUGAUAAGUCAGGGCACAGCUGUCCUGGAGGAGAGCAGCAAUGUCAGACAGAAAGUGCAUUUCUCCACCCAGGUCAUCCAGCAUUUUGAAUCAAAGCUUUCUGAAGCUAUCGAACUCUAUCAACAGAGAAUUCAGUGGCUUACUGAAAACAGCAAGAAGGCAUUUGGCCUCAUCAAGGGAGCCAGAGUCGGCAUCCUCAUUGAUUCGUCAGUGGUCAACAGUGGUCCUCAGAAAGAAGAGCUCCAAAACGACCUCAUGAGACUUAUUGAUGAGCAGCUGAGCCACAAGGAGAAGCUGUACGUCCUCUCUUUCAGCACCACCACCAGGGCCCUCUGGCCAGACCCAGUGGAAGUCAGCACCUCCACCCUCCAGGAACUCAAACACUGGGUGAAGAAACUACAGCCUGAAGGAGGUACCAAUGUGCUACAAGCCCUGAAGAAAAUCUUCACUAUAAAAGGCCUGAAUUCUCUGGUGAUCAUAAUGAGAAGCUGCCCAGAUCAGUCCUCUGAAAUCCUGUCCGACUACAUCCAGCAGUCCACCAUGGGAAGGGAUGUCAUCAUCCAUACCAUCAGUUACAAAUGCAACAAUCAGUUGCCCCUUGCUGUCCUAAAGAACCUCGCAGAGGCUAUUGGGGGCUACUACCACUGCUACAGCCCAGAGACAGAGAUCUAUACCAACCAAGACGUGGAUGAGCUCCUGGCAGAAAUCCAGAAGGCCCAGAGCCUGCUCCAACACCUCCAAGCCCUGUGCCACAGUGGCCCCUGUAAGGAGCUCACCAGCAUGAUGAAGGAGAUUUCCACAGAGAUUGCAAAAGGGCCACUCACAAGUCUCUUGCCUAAACCCCCCAAGCACGAGGGCCCUCUCACAAUCGAGUUCCCAAACUUGGACAAGACUUCUGCAGAAUGGCUAAAGAUCAAUGGCCUAAAAGCCAAGAAGUUAAGUCUUUAUCAGGUUCUGGCACCCAAUGCAUUCUCUCCCGUGGAGGAAUUUGUGCCGAUUCUUCAGAAAACGGUAUCUUCAACCAUCUAUGAGCAGGCAAUGGUACAAUUUGAGUGGCAUGACGGGACAGUGAAGAACAUUCACGUGGAUCCCCCCUUCCUCUAUGAGUACCAGAAACAGCUCAACAGAGCUAUGCGGCUGUAUGAGAGGCGGAUCGAGUGGCUCUCCCUGGCCAGCAGAAGAAUCUGGGGCACCGUCUGUGAGAAAAGGGUGGUUAUACUGCUCGAUAUCUCUGUGACCAAUUCCAUGUACAUUAUUCAUAUCCAACACUCCCUGCGACUGCUGCUUGAGGAGCAAUUGUCCAACAAGGACUGCUUCAACAUCAUCGCGUUUGGAAGCACAAUUGAAAGUUGGAGGCCUGAGAUGGUUCCUGUGAGCCACGACAAUCUACAAAGCGCCUGGCGGUGGGCCCUAAGCCUUCGGUGCCAGGGCAGCAGGAAUGUCCUCAGCGCCCUGCGGAAGGCAGUGGAAGUGGACUUCAAGGACAAAGACAAACACCAAUCCCAAGGCAUCUACCUCUUCACUGGGGGCAUCCCCGACCAGGACAUGCCCACGCUGAGUGCUUACAUGGCUGAGGCCUGUGGGGGCUGUGACCUCCAGCUGAAUGUGUGCUUCUUCUACGUGGGUGAGCCAGAGAUGGACAGCACACCCCCUGCCUGCUAUGCCAGCUGCACUGACACAGCCAACGCCUACAGGGAGGCCACCCGGGCUGCUGGCGGCCGCUUCCACUGGUUUGGAGACACAGGCAUUUAUGAAAGUGAUGACAUCAACGCCAUCGUGUCUGAGAUGGAAAAGGCUCUCAGCUACUCCCAAAAGUGUGCCUUACUCGUGGCCUCCCUGAAGAACCAGUCGGGAAAAGAACUGGAAAGCGCUGCUCUCCCUAAAGAAAAGCCAAAGACACUCAAGCAAAGAAGUCAGCCCAGAAACCUCCAUCCUCCCAAGCACACAGCCCCCUCCGUGGCCAGAACGACCAUUAAAGAUGACUCUGACAGAGAGAAGAGUCCUCCCUUGAAAGCUCUGAAAUGGCGUCCACUCAGUGGCAAAGCAAUCACCUCACCAGGUAAGGCACAGCCAUGGCCAGACUGGUCAGUGAAAGAAUGGACUACAGAAUGGAAGAGGAAGAAGACAAAAUCGCGGGAAGGAGAGGCAUCUCUCUCACUGUUUUAUACAGAUACAGGGAAUAACGUGGGCUCAGUGUACAAGAGGUACCCUCAGGGAAAGGGUGUAAGAAGGACUAGAUCUUCUAUGGAGUUGCCCAGAAAGGAUAAAAUUUGUUCAAGCCAAGAGUGGGUAGCCAAUUAUGGGCUCAAAAAACUGAAGAUGGAGAUCUCCAGACACAUUGGUCCCAGCUGCACUCAUCAAAAGACAGGACAGGGGUUGGCAUCAGCCAAACACUGCAGUGUCUUCCCCAGCGUCGAGAUCAAUGGACUGGUAAGACACCUUCAGUGGACACUCUGGGAAAUCGAAACGUACAUCACACACCUGGACAAGGUGUUAAGGCGCUAUGUCCAGAGGCUGCAGUGGCUGCUGUCUGGGAGCCGCCGACUGUUUGGCGCCAUUUUGGAGAGCAAAGUAUGCAUCCUCCUGGACACAUCAGGGUCUAUGGGCCCCUACCUGCAGCAGGUGAAGACAGAGCUGAUUCUGCUGAUUUGGGAGCAGCUGCGGAAGCACUGCAAGAGUUUUAACCUGAUCAGCUUUGCAGAGGGCCUACAACCGUGGCAGGAAACCCUGGUGGCGACCACAGAUGCAGCGUGCCAUGAAGCUAUGCAAUGGGUGACCCACUUGGAAGCUCAGGGAAAUACCUCAGUCUUGCAAGCAUUACUGAAAGCUUUCAGUUUUCCCGAUGUGGAAGGAUUGUACUUGCUGACCGAUGGGAAGCCAGACACAAGCUGCAGCCUUAUUCUAAGCGAAGUCCAAAAACUCAAGGAGAAAAGAGACGUGAAAGUGCACACCAUUUCCUUUAGCUGCUCAGACAGGGCAGCAGUUGAAUUCCUGAGAAAGUUGGCCUCCCUCACCAGGGGGCGCUAUCACUGUCCUGUUGGGGAGGACACACUCUUCCAAAUUCAUGGCAUGCUGACCAAAGGCUUCAUUGAUGAAAGGGAUCCUGUCUUGCCACUAUUUGAAGGAGAUGAUUUAAAGAGACUGGCCCAGGAGAUCACCAAAGCAAGAAGCUUCUUCUGGCAGGCCCAGUCCUUCAGAUCCCAACUCCAGAAGAAAAACGAUGUGGAACCAAAGGUUGCUCCUUUAUAGAGAAGCAUUCUCAGGAUGAAGCUGGUGUCCUAAGCAUCUCUGGGUCCCCAGAACUGACCACAUGGAAGACACUCAGUAAACACUGAACAUCCAGCUUUGUUGUAGGAGCCCAGCUCUGGAAACUAACCUGGUGGGGUUGUUUUUGCCCUGGUCCUCACUCUGGGCUUCCCACCACCCUGGUCCAUGGAGGUCUAUGCAGAUUCACCAUCAGCCCAUCUUGGAGGAAGAAGAAACAAGUGAGCCCUCACUGCCACCUCCCACCCCUGCUACCACAUCAACCGGACUGAGCUGAAGGCUGCUCUGGAGCCCAAUCUAGAGUGAAUGCUCUGCUUGAGCAUGUGGAAUCAUGUUGGGUCUCUGGGCCCAGCCCCACUGUGUACAUAUGAAGUGAAUGUGUAGUGUAUUAUUUUAUCUGGUGCAUCUUCUAAAACAAAUAAAAACUAUUCUUUUAUUUCAUUAAUAACAUUAAAAUG